GAUGGGUCCGCCGCUAAGCCACCUUCUCCUUUUGUCAUUGCAAGUUAGGUGGGUUGCUCCUAAGACGGCACUCCAGGUGGGGUUUUCAGUUUAGGGAAAAUACUACUCCCCUAAUUUGGUAAAUGCUUUUUUAUUUAACAUUAUUUUUGAAAGAAACUCGAUUGAAGUUACCUGCGUUUGCGCUUGCGAACUGGCCGAUUACGAAGAAAGAAAAUCGAAGCCAAGAAGACGGAGCUUCAGCGCUUGCGAGUUGCGACGAAGGGAACGUCAAGCCACCGCCGUCCACGGCGCUCGUCUAGGGCCCUGCGACCUGCGUCGUUGGCCGUCCUUCCUGCUUCCUCUCUGGACUCCGGCUCUGGGCUCUGCCUCAGUGCCUCCAGCUUCACUGCUCGUCUGCUCAAGGUAAGUUUUUUAGAUUUUUAAUCUAAUAAAUUGUGAUUGUGUUAUUGUAUAUUAUUAUUUUUAGCCUUUUAGUGUUAGGGUUAGUCCGUUAGUUAACCAAUUUGAUUACUAAUUGAAUUUUUCAGUGCAUAAUAAAAUAGUGUUUAACUUAUUAUAAGUUUAUAAAUUAUAAUGAUUACAGAUAGAAUUAAAGAUUAGAAAAUGAUUUAUUUAUCAUACAAUUGAAGAUUAGAGAAUGAUUUAUUUAUUGUGUGGAAAGAAUUUUAAUUUCAAUUGAAUUUUGAAAUUGGGAAUACUUAUUAGUUUUAUGUACAAUGAUUGCUUUUUCCCUCAUCUUUUUUUCCUAGUUUUUUUUUAUCCUUAUAUAUAUAUAUAUAUAUAUGCAUUAUUUGCAGCCUUUUUAUUUUAUCAUUUCUAUAUAUAUUCAUCUUUUUUAUAUUAUCUUUUCAUAAUAGCUUAUCUUUUUAUCUUUAUUCCUUCUUUUCCUUUUGGUUGUGAUAUCAUGUAUCGAUUCAUGUUAGCCGACCCCAAUAUCUUUUGGGACUAAGGCGUGGAUGUUGUUGUUGUUGUUGAAUAUUGAAAAUAUUUUUUAGAAUAGAUAAAGAACACAUUGCCAAGAAAGGAAAGAAGUUGAUUUCGUCAUUCUUUUCGAAAGUGAAUCGUCAAAGUGUUGAAGGGAGUUCUGAAUUUAUGACAGUGAGGAUAUUUGUAAACUUGCACAAAAGUUUUAUCCUGGAUAUUUCACUGGUCAAGACAUUGUCUCACUUGAGUUUGAGUUGAUUCACUACAAACUUAAUAUUGUUUCAACAUCUCAAGUUUUGACACUUGUUGAGUUAUGUCAAUAUUUGACGGAGAGCGGGAAAUCAGAAAUUUAUGUUAUGCUGACAUGAUUAAUUCGUCUUGUUUUGACUAUGGAAAGAGCAUUUUCAGCAAUGAAGCAUAUGAAGAUGACACUUCAUAACAAAAUGGGAGAUAAUUUUCUUGAAUAUUCAUUGAUGAUCUACAUUGAACGAGAUUUUGUCAAUAAUAUAGAUGUAGAUUCUAUUAUUGAUCAAUUUUAUACUUUAAAGUUGCGUAGGGCACAACUUAAAUGAUGCUUUGAAUAUUUAAAGUGUUGACGACUUACGUAUUAUUAUGCAUGUGUCUUUCAAAUUAUUUUGUAGCUCACCCCAUUGUAACUUUCUGGCUUCGCCGCUGCAUAGAACAAAACUGCCUCGUGAGCGCAAUACGCAAUUUCCAACAUCAGUGCUCCACUGCUCUGUAGAUAAUAGAUGAGUAGAUGAAAUAAAUUUAGCUUGCAGUUGAUAUAUUGAAGUAACUUUUAUUUCAUUUGAUGGCAAUACUUAUUUUACUUAAUGACUAUAUUACUGAUUAUAUGUGAUUCAUAUCAAUGUACUGUCUAGGGCCUCUAAAUUACUAAAGGAGGUGAUAGCUUGUGGGCGAAGAGCCGAGUCCUUUUUGUAUCCCUAACCACACCGAACUAAAAUUUCAUAGGCAAAGUUCUUUCCAAUGUGCCAUAAACCCUCACUUUCUUCAUUUCAGACCCUCAUUUAUCUGCUGCAAUCAUGCAAAGAAUCCCAAGAAAUCCGUCAAGUCCAUGGCUUAAUGGUCAAGACUGGCCUUGACCUCGUCUCCUUCCCUCUCAGCAAGCUUCUUGCAAGCUCGAUCCGUGACACGACAUAUGUACUCAGUAUUUUCAAACAUAUAAGUAGCCCAACCCUUUUCAUGUUCAAUACCAUGCUUAGGAGCUAUUCAAUCAGUGAUGACCCAAGACGAGCCCUUAUCCUCUUCAAUCAAAUGAGGCUACAGAGGUUAUUUGAUCAGUUCACCUUCGUUGCCACCCUCAAAUCUUGUGCCCGUUUUUCAGCAAUCAGGACUGGUUUAGGUGUUCACUCAGUUCUUUUGAGGACUGGGUUUUUCUUUUAUCUCAAUGUGAUGAACAGCCUCUUGCAUUUCGUGUGUGCUAGUGGCUGGAUCCAUGAUGCACAACAACUGUUUGAUGAAUUCCCUUAUGACAAAGACUUGGUUUCAUGGAACACCUUAAUGGGUGGCUAUCUUUCGGUUCACAAGUAUGACAUUGUAAUAGAUUUAUAUAAACAGAUGAGUAGUCAUGGGUUAUAUGUUAGUGUUAGUACCCUUUUGAAUAUUUCAUCGGCCAUUGGUGAGUUAACUGGCCGUGUAUCAGGGGAUUCUAUACAUUCACAUUGCAUCAAAAUUGGUCUUUCUAUGAAUUUGAAUGUUGCUAGUGCUUUGAUUUCAAUGUAUGGAAAAAUAGGUGGCAUUGAUUCAGGGCGUAAAAUUUUUGAUGAAGCUGUUGUAAAAGAUGUUGUGAUGUGGAACUGUUUGAUAUAUGGAUAUGCUAGAAACGGAAUAAUGAGUGAAGCUUUCAGAUUGUUGAGGUUAAUGAAGUUUCAUGGAGUGAACCCGAUUGCGUCGACAUUUCUAGGACUACUUUCAGUUUCGGAAGCCUCUGGAGAUCUCACUGUAGGUCGAUUUGUCCAUGACUACAUAAAAGAGCAACAGUUAGUUUUGGAUGCAACUGUGGGAACAACUCUUAUAGAUAUGUAUAUGAAGUGUGGUUUUCUGAAAGAGGCAGUUGAAGCUUUUGAAAACAUAGAGAGGAAAGAUUCUAUUUGUUGGACUUCAAUGAUUUUUGCAUAUGGAUUACAUGGGCAGGCAGAAAAUGCCAUUUCCCUUUUUCACAGAAUGGAGGAAGAAGGGUGCAUGCCCAAUGAAGUCACAUUCUUGGCGGUGCUGAGUGCCUGUAGCCACAAGGGUUUGGUGGCUGAGGGGAAGAGUUUUUUCAGAAGAAUGAUAGACAAAUAUUCAUUUUCUCCGAAGAUUGAGCAUUAUGGAUGUGUUAUUGAUCUCAUGGGCCGUAGUGGGUUGUUAGAAGAAGCUAAAAAGCUAACCCAGAGCUUGCCCAUUAAGGACGAUGCCACUAUGUGGCGUACAUUGCUAGCUGCAUGCAGACUGUAUGGCAACAUUUGUUUAGGGGAAGACAUUAAGAGAGAGUUGGAGCAGAGGUUUGAUGAACAUCCAGCAGAUUCGGUCACUCUCUCCAGUGCCUAUGCCAUCGCUGGAAGAAUAGAAGAUCGUGCAAGGAUUCUUGAGAAAGCUAAAGGAAAACUAACGGAACGGUGGAUAAGCUCUCCAGUUGGAAAGAAGGAAGUCGGAUUUAGUAGAGUAAAUGUGGCUGUCGUUCAGCAAAGAGAGGGAAUAAAUAAAUAAAAUAAUCACUAAUAAACAACAGGAAUUGUGUGACAUUUGGCCUGGAAAGAGAGAUGAUACCAGAAGAAUAAAUAUUCAACUGAGUAUUUCUCCAGCAGGUAGCUCAAGGCUCUGGCAUUGUCUGUAAAUGUAAAUGGGUAUCUAGGUGACCGAAGUUUCCGGUGUCUUACAUUUGAUGUGAUGGUUGCUUGGGAGUUUCCCGCGGCUUCAAGUCAAGCAUCUGCCAGUAUGGACGAAGCCACUGUUGGUGUGGAGUAGCCUUUUCAAGAUUUUUUUCUGCAGUUCCAUAAUUGCCAAUGUGAUUGUCAGUGAUAGCAUUUUCCCCGUCCUUACUUCAUCAACAGAUUAUAGACUUCAUUUCUCUAUCUAUGACAAGUACCUCAUUGGCAUGGAAAGGUAGGUUAACUCUAACAGACCAUGCUUUCUAUUUUGAAGCACUACGUGUUGUGUCUUAUGACAAGGCGAAAGUGUAUGACCUCUUGCAAGAUCUAAAUCAGGUCAUUAAACCUGAGCAAACAGGAACAUGUGGCAAAGGGUUUUUGACAAAGCCGUGUUCUAUAAAUCAAUUUCCUUGUAAGGCACGAUUGCACGAAGCAUGUCUAUAGCAUGCAAUAUUCCUUCCAUGUUUAUUUAUCUCAUGUAGUUCGGGAUAUGUUUUGCAAAACAUGCUAAUAAACCCGCUGAUAGCUGAUAUAUAUUAACUUUUAACAUAAGUUAGCUAAUCUUAUACUCCCUCCAUUUCUGAA